AUGGCAUCCUCACGUUCGUUUUCGGGAUUCAUCUCCCUUCUGCUUCUGUUCCAACUCUCUUCCUUCGUUUAUGCUGCCCCAUGGAUUGUCACUGCAGACUACCAGGAGGUGGUCACCACAGAAAGGCAUUACUAUGCAACGUACACCACCACUCUCAUUGAGCAAAUUACUCCCACCGUCACUUCCAUGCCCGAGGCAGUCUCCACCGCUACCUCCCUCGGCUCCUCAAAUUACUACUAUUACUACAACGACGACGAUGACGCCGAAAAGGAUGUGACUAUCAUUCAACAACUUUACCCAACAGGCGUUGGGUCAGUGGUUGAUGAUUACGACUACGAUUAUGGCUAUGGCUAUGACGACGAUGACGUUUACCACAGUACCAAGUUCGUUGUCAACAUGACAUAUUCGGCGCCCACUGGUUGCUCGUCUCGCUGGAUCCAAACAACAGCUGUUGAGGUUGUCCCGCCUACAGACAUACAGGAUCUGCUCCCACGCACGGCUGUUGCUACAUCGAUCUCGGUCGACUCUGUGAGACCUUUUCAGCCAACGACUUACACUAUCGACAUUGUCUACGUUGAUCCCACGCAGCUCCCCACAAGCUCACUGGAGUCAAUGAGUUUGUACAACCGGCCUACCUCAUUGUAUACUGCUUCUAGCUGUGCCUACACUGGCAGCAGCGGGAACGGGUACUACAGCGGCAGCUCGUACUACGGCUAUUACGGCUAUGAUGACGGUUACAACUGGUUUACGGACGAUUACUACAUGGGUAUCACGCCGCUGGCACUCACCCUCAUCUUGACACUCGGCUGGAUCGGCCUCUGGUUGAUACUAGGUUUCAUUGAGGCGUGGAUUCGAUUCCGCCGCCUGAUGAUGGGCUGGCAAACACGUCGCGGUCUCCCUGUCUGCUGGUCACUGACUAUUCUCCCCUUCACCCUGUUACUGCUCUGCUUUUUCCGGAAGGGUUAUCGGGCUCGCUCUGAUGCAGAUGGGGAGGUCCUUCGCAAGCGGUGGAAGGCAAUGGGGUUCUGGACCAAGCUGCGGCUCUUCUUCGUCUGGGGAUUUCGGUACAAGUACCCGCCGGUCCUCGGUCCUGCACCCGCCCGGGUCAAGACCAGCAAGCAGCCAGCAAAGAAUCCUGGUCCUCGACUGUUGGAGCCUAGUCCCUCGCCCAGCGUGGCGCCACAAUCGCGGCCGGGAUCAGCCUCUGCAUCCACCGCUGCUGCUGCUGCUGCUGCUGCUGCUCCGGCUUCUACCCCGGCUGAUCCCGAAAUGGCGAUGGUUUCUCCCCCCCAAGUCACACACCCACAAGAGACCACUGUGCCACCAACGACGAAUACUGCCCCGGAAGCGCCACCUCGUCGCCAGGAUGAUGAGAUUGGUCGGGCGAACUAA